AUGGAACAACAACUAGGGCAAGUUUUGUCCCAAAUGAUGGAAACGAUGCGAGGAAUGCAAUUACAGCAAGUACAAUUACAACAAGCCUUACAAACCAGUGAUAAAACGGUUAGUGGUAUCACAUUACAACCUUAUGAUGAAAACAAUGAAUCAUUUUCGACUUAUUUACAAAGACUUCAAAAUUAUAUUUCCUUGAAAGGUGUCACAAGUGCUACAAUUAAAGUGCAAAUUUUUCUUAAUUGUAUUGGCCCUAAAUACUACCAAGUACUGAAAAACAUCACAGCGCCUGAGUGUCUAGAAUCAAAAAGCUACGAUGACCUUGUAGAACUACUAAGGAAUCAUAUUGCCCCAGAACCCGGUGAAGUUGCUCAACAACACAAAUUCUGUCUGCGGCAACAGCAUGAGUGUGAAAGCAUUGCUAACUAUGUAGCUGGAUUAAAAGAAAUAGGCGGAAAAUGUAACUUUAUAUGUAAUAAUUGUAAAAAUAGUACUUUUGAAACUCAUCUGCGAGUACAGUUCAUACGAGGGCUGCGAGAAAUACUUUACCCACGGGGAACCUGUAAUGUAAACAUCAAAUAUAAAAAUACAGAAGUCAUAGGAAGAAUUUUUGUUAUUGAUAGAAAAGUGGAUCCUGUAUUGGGAAGAGAAUGGAUUAGGAAAUUAAACUUACAAUUUGACAUAAAUUCACUACAAAAAGAAGAAAAUGAUAUUACAGAAAAAGAGUUUACUGAGAAAUUGAAAAAAAUUAUACAAGAAUACAAAGAACUAUUUUCUGAAGAAAUAGGAGAAAUUAAAGAUUAUCAAGCAGUAUUUAAAUUGAAAGAAGGUGCAGUUCCAGUCUUUUUAAAACCACGUCCAGUACCAUUCGCUUUGAAGAAUCAAGUGGAAGCGGAAAUAGACAGAUUAGAAAAGGAAGGAAUAUUAGAAAAAGUUACAUACUCACAGUGGGGAACACCAAUUGUUCCUGUCUUGAAGCAAAAUGGAAAAAUGCGCUUAUGUGCUGACUAUCGCGCUACAUUAAAUAAAAAUCUGGAAAAUGACAACUACCCUAUACCUCGUGUUGAAGAAAUAUUUUCAAAGUUAAGUGGAGGAAAAUAUUUUUGCACACUGGAUAUUAAUCAAGCUUAUUUACAUAUGAAGACUAAUGAAGAUACAGCAGAAAUGCAAGCUAUUAGUACAUGCAAGGGUACAUACAAGGUGAAAAGACUAAUGUUCGGAGUGAAAAUUGCACCAAAUGUUUGGCAGAGAUAUAUGGAUCAAACACUUCAAGGAAUGGAAGGUACAGUUUGUUUUUUUGACGACAUUGCUUUACAAGGACGUACAUUUAUACAAUUACUACAAAGAAUUAGGAAAGUAUUUGAUAAAUUAAAAGAAUGUGGACUACACUUAAACAGAAAGAAAUGUCAGUUUUUUCAGAAAUCAGUUACUUACCUAGGACAUACAAUAAAUGAAAAAGGUCUACACCCUACAGAAGAUAAAGUAAAUGAUAUAAAGAAUAGUUUACGUCCAACAGAUGUUUCCUCACUACGUACAUUUUUGGGAAUGAUAAAUUACUACCAACAAUUUAUACCUAACUUAGCAUCAAAACUAAAUCCUUUAUACAGAUUAUUACAAAAAGAUACAAAAUUUACUUGGUCAACAUCAUGUGAACAAGCAUUUCAAGAACUGAAAAAGGAAAUCUGCGGAGAACUAUAA